GGUCACCAGCCCCGCCUAUUUUCCCCACCAUAAAUGCCCACUUCCCAUCUCCCACACUCCACAGUCCACACUCACCACUAAGCAGUAGAAGCUCCAGCUGUGUUGCAUACCAAAAAUGAAGCUCUUGUUCGCUGCUUUCCUCCUCUGCUCUCUUCUUCUCUGCUCCACCUUCAUGGAACUAGCCACUGCCGCCAUGCCUACUCCGCCCUCCUCGUUUUGUCCAUCCAAGUGCAAUGAGAGGUGUAAGAAGGCGGCGGUGAACGAUAGAUGCCUCAAGUACUGCGGGAUUUGCUGUAGGGAGUGCAAAUGCGUUCCUUCUGGGACUUAUGGGAACAAGCAUGAGUGCCCUUGUUACAGGGACAAGGUCAACAAGAAGGGCAAACCCAAGUGCCCUUGAAAGAUGAGCUAGCUUCUUCUUAAUUAAUUAGCCUUUUGUAAUUUGUAGCUUUGAAAUGAGAGAGGAUAUUGUUGGCGUGCUGCUCAUAUUGUGCUUGUAGUAGACAUCAUCAGAUGGCUUGAUUAGUAAGAGUUGAGGAUUUGUUUGCCCAGUUUUCUUAUAAUACUUUUCCCGUUGAGAGCAUUUGAUUACUUUUCCUGUCUGAAAGUUGGAUUGCUGUUGUUUGUAAUGAGUAGAAAUAUUUCUUGGA